ACUCACGAUCUCAGCAGAAUGCCCCAUGCAGCUGGAGGAUUUCCCCAUGGAUGCCCACGCUUGUCCCCUUAAGUUUGGAAGCUAUGCAUAUCCUGUCUCAGAGGUGGUGUAUGAGUGGACUCAGGAAGCAGCCAAGUCUGUGGUGGUGGCAGAGGACGGCUCAAGACUCAAUCAGUAUCAUCUGAUCGGCCAGACAGCAGGAACAGAGAACAUUUUUACCAGCCGAGGAGAGUACACAGUGAUGAUGGCUCAUUUUUACCUGAAGAGGAAAAUUGGUUAUUUUGUCAUUCAGACCUACAUGCCGUGUUUCAUGACUGUAAUCCUGUCCCAAGUCUCCUUUUGGCUCAACCGAGAGUCUGUGCCAGCAAGAACCGUGUUUGGUGUGACCACGGUGCUUACCAUGACCACCCUCAGCAUCAGUGCCCGAAACUCCCUCCCUAAAGUGGCCUACGCCACUGCCAUGGACUGGUUUAUUGCUGUGUGCUACGCUUUUGUCUUCUCAGCCCUCAUUGAAUUUGCCACAGUGAACUAUUUUACCAAAAGGAGCUGGGCCUGGGAUGGGAAAAAAGCAAUGGAGGCACAACAACCCAAGAAAAAAGACCCUUUAGCUCUAUCCAAGAAGCCAAACAACACCUGCUCAGCUGGAGUGAAUUACACAGCCAACCUUACCAAGGAUGCAUCCAUCUCCACCAUCUCAAACAGCACAACUGUUCAGCUCAAACCAUCUGAAACCAAGGCCCCAGAUCCUAAAAAGACCUACAACAGCGUGAGCAAGAUAGACAAGAUGUCCAGGAUCGUGUUCCCAGUUCUGUUUGGGACCUUCAACCUGGUGUACUGGGCCACGUAUCUGAACAGGGAACCUGUGAUCAAAGGAGCUGUGUAAGCUGUAAGAUAAAGGCUGUUCAUUCAUAUCAGGAUUUAAUGAUUAGAAUCRAUCAUAAAUGAUGCCAAGCACUAUUUUCUUGUAUCACAUAUGUGUUCUUUCAGGUUAUUUAGACAGCGCUGCAUGUGUGUUGCUUUAAGAAAGUGUUGCCAUGUUUGCCUUGAGUUUCUACAAGUUUGAACCAACUUAUCACAUCAUUCCAAACUCUGUCACUGAUUCAUUUCUGCCAACUUUCCUUUCAGACAUUAGCAUUUGGCAUUUACAUUUUAAACCUUUAGUAGAUCAUGGAACAGCAAAGCCAAAUGCUAUGCAAAACAUUUUUACUGUUUUAUUGCUUAGAAUCGCCUUUACCUUUGUAACUUUGUACAGUAAAAAGUACCUGGAUGUCCAGGAAUAUGAAACUGGACUCAGGUACAUUCAAUUUUGCUUCAUUGUUAAAAGCAGAUGAAUAGCCAUGCUAAAAGUGUUGCCUUCAGAGUCUGAUAACUCAUUAUGAAUGCACUGAAGUCUUCUGCAACAUUUUCUUUUUCCUGAAACCUGGCAACAUAAAUAUGACUCAUUUUGUUCAAUUUUCCCUCUUCUUUCAGUUUAGAGUAGUUUGGUUUCAUGAAGUUUUUAAAUUGUGUUUAUGUUGUUUUAGAGAUCGAACAGGGACACGUUUAAAGCUAAGAGGUGGUUCACAAUUUUUAACAUUUUCACAAGUGUACAACAAACAACCACUCCUAAAGUGCACAGAAAAAUGGAUUCUCACAAUAACAGGUUUAUUAAAGCUGAGACAUCAAACCCAUGUGCACAUAUGAACAUUGGGCCUCAUGCAAGAACCGUUCGUACGCACAGAUUUGUUCUUAAAUUGUGCGUACGAGUGAUUUAGGAGRA